AUGUCCGACGAUGGGAACAGUGGCGGCGCGGACGUGGCGGUGCUAAGCUGGCCCGAGGCGAGGUUGGAGGUAGAGCAGGCGAGCAAGGACGGUGCGCACGAGCAAGGAGUAGGCACGGGCGACGCCAAGGGUCUGGGCAUCGUGGAAUUCCUGCGGGGCAAGCACAUCCUCGUCACCGGCGCCACCGGAUUCCUCGCUAAAGCCCUGGUGGAGAAGAUUCUGCGCGAGCAGCCCGACGUGGGACGCCUGUACCUCUUCAUCCAGCCGCGUGCGGACCAACCCGCGCAACAGCGCCUCGAGCAGCUCGUGGAGAGCCCAAUAUUCGGGCAUCUGCGGUCAAAGCACGGCAGUGCGUAUGAGCAGUUCAUGGCAGCAAAGCUCGGUGCAGUGGAGGGGGAUAUUUCCAUAGAGGGGCUUGGUCUGAGCGCGUCUGUGUUGGAGGAGAUCCGCAGCAAGGUGCAGGUGGUGAUCAACUCCGCUGCCACCACCACCUUCGACGAGAGGUACGACGUGGCCCUGAACAUCAACACGCAGGGACCGCGCCGCCUUCUGGAGCUCGCCCAUUCCUGCCCAUACCUCCAGCUCCUCCUGCACGUCUCCACAGCAUUUGUGAACGGCAGAAGGCGCGGUCGCUGCAUGGAAAGGCCCUUCAACUAUGGGGACACCAUUGCUGCAGAGCUGCAGCAGCAGCAGGGUACGGUUGCACAGGGGCAGCUGGAUAUCGAGACAGAAAUAGCUCUAGCGGAGAAGGAAAGGCUGGCGGCAGAGGCAGCAGCUGAAGCGCAGGGAAUGAGCAAGGAGGAUGUGCAGGCUGCAGUGCAGAAGCACAUGGUGGACCUGGGUAUGAGCAGGGCACAGCAGUGCGGGUGGCAGGACACGUAUGUGUUCACCAAGGCCAUGGGCGAGAUGGUGCUUACGCGCGGACACAAAGACUUGCCCCUUGCUAUCGUGCGCCCAUCCAUAGUCGAGAGCUGCUUGAAUGAGCCCAUGGCAGGCUGGAUGGAGGGCAUGCGUAUGGCGGAUCCAAUCUUGCUUGCAUACGGGAAAGGACAAAUGGCAGGGUUUUUGGCAAACCCGGAUGGUGUACUUGACAUGAUUCCAUGUGACAAGGUUAUAAAUGCCGUGCUAGCGAUCGCAACGCACACAGCAUCUCUGGGGUAUGGGGCACCCGUGUCUGUGUACCACGUGGCCACCAGUGUGGCCAACCCUCUGGGCAUCCAGCUGGUGGCAGACGCCACCUCGGACCACUUUGCCCACGCGCCCAUGCUGCAGCGCGAUGGCUCCGCUGUCACCGUGCAGCGCAUGCAGGUGUUCCGCCACCCGCAGCUCUUCAUGCUUGACGUCUGGCUCAAGUACCAGCUGCCAUUGCAGCUAGCCAAACUCUUCCCUUGGAACUCAUCCCUUUCGGAUCGCCGCAACAACCUUCUCCUGAAGACAGCACAGCAACUCAGCUACUUGGCCAAGCUAUAUGAACCCUACACCUUCUAUGCUGCCAGGUUUGAUGCAUCCAACACAGAGCACCUCUUUUCGUUGAUGUCUGAGGAGGAGCAGCAGCACUUCAACUUUGACCUGCGGUCCAUUGACUGGCACACUUAUCUCUUCGUGGUGUCGUGGGCUGUACUGUACCUGUUCGUGAGUUUUGCACCUGUAGAUCGCUCUGACCGCCCUCACACUCCACCACCAGUGCGCAUGGAGGAUUCGUCAAGCGAGGAGCGGGCCGUGUGGCAGUGCGAGGACGUGCUGGCGCGGCUAUGGGCGAGCGGCGCGUUCGACGACGCGAAGAGCAUCGUGGACAUGGCGGUGCUCACUGGCGUUGACGCCAUCAGGCUCGCGCUCACUGCAGCCAACGAGCUAUCAGCAGAGGAAGCUCGGCGAAUCGUGUCACAGCACCUGGCGCCAGCAGGCGCGGAUCUUCAUGCCUUCACACCCCCUGACUUCCAUCCACAUCCGCCCUCCUUCCUCCCGCGUGUCGUCCACCCGCCAACCCGCCAGUGGGCUCUCUCCGUGCAUCGCCUCUGGCCACUUCUCUCCUUCCGCACUGCCCCUCCUUCCACCGCUGCUGCCACUGCCACGGCCUCCCAUCCUGUGCGCACCCUUCCAACCAGUCCCAGCACGCAACCCCCCUGUGCGGAUCCAAAGCGCAGUGCAGGGGGGGAACGGGAAGUUGACGUGGGGGCAGCGCCUGAGGUGCAGCAGCAGGAUGACGCGGGGCAGGGGAGGGGAGCACCGCAUGAUGGGCUAGUGAUGCAGGGAGGCUCGCUGCUGGCGCUGCCACAUGCGCCGGUGAUAAUACCCGGGGAGAGGUUCAGGGAGAUGUACUACUGGGACACUUACUGGGUCAUCAGGGGGCUGCUGGUGAGCGGCAUGCUGGACUCCGCCCUGGCGGCUGUGCGCAACCUGCUGCAUCUUGCCCGCACGCACGCCCAUGUCCCCAACGGCUCGCGCGCGUACUACCUCAACAGAAGCCAGCCGCCACUGCUGAGUAACAUGGUGCGUGCAGUGCAUGCAGCGCUGCAGGCGCAGGGGCAGGGAGAGCAAGGCCAGCACGCACAGCAGGAUGGGGAGGCGUCAGCGUGGAGUGAGGGCGCACGCAUGGGGCGCAGCGAGCAGGCGGAGAGUCUGUUGCGGGAGGCACUGCCAGUGCUGGUCAGGGAGCAUGAGUUCUGGACGCAAGCACCGCAUGGCAUCACAGUGUACCACCCUCCCUCUGGGCGCUCGUUCAACCUCUCCCGCUACUAUGCCAUGUGGACCCACCCUCGCCCUGAAUCCUUUCCUCAGGACACGGAGACAGCGCGCGUGGCAUCGCAGCGUCCCCUGGAGCAUCUGCAGCACGGCACCUCGCCGCGCGGUGCCGCGCAGGUGCAGGCGGCGUUGUUCAGGGAGCUGGCCACGGUGGCAGAGUCGGGCUGGGACUUCAGCUCGCGCUGGAUGCGUGACCCCAGCGACUUCACGAGCAGCCACCCCACGGCAGUACUGCCAGCGGACCUCAAUGCGCUGCUCUUCCAGCUCGAGACCAACGUCGCUGCGCUCGCCACCUUGCUGCUCUCCACCCUCUCCUCCCCCCACGAUGCCGCUGCUGCGCCUGCUGAGGGGGCAGAGGCGGCAGCAGUGAGUGGCGCGUGGCUGGCAGAGGUGGCGGCGCGCUUUGGGGAGCUGGUGGAGCGGAGGAGGGAGGCCAUGGACGUCAUGAUGUGGUGCCAGGGGGAGCACAGACAGGGGGGAGGAGGGGUGGGUGACGCAGCAGCAGAGGGAGGAAGAGUGGCAGAUGGUGGCAACGAGCAAGUGGGGCGAUGGAGGGAUGUCUGGAUCCAACCGGGGAGCAGGGGUGUGGAGGAAGGUGGCACUGCUGCAGAUGCUGCGGCUCAUGAAUGGGUGGCUGUGGCACCACAUUGUGACACCAGCGCUUGUGCCAGCAGCGGAGGGGCCGUGCAAGGGACUGCGCCAUCAGGCGAUGUGUAUGCAUCGGACUACAUCCCCCUGUGGUGCGGCCUCCUGCCUCCUGGUGACCCUCGUAUUGACCUUGUCGUUGCCUCGCUGCAAUCCUCCAAUCUGUUGCUGCCAGCUGGCAUUGCCACGUCAACGCGAUUCACGGGGCAGCAGUGGGACUACCCCAACGUGUGGCCGCCCUUGCACCACGCCAUAUGCGAGGCACUGCUCCUCACUGCCUCGCCGCGUGCAAUUGUUCUCGCGCGCCCCCUAGCCCACCGCUUCCUGGCCACAGCGCGCGAGGCAUUUGAGCGCACGGGGGCCAUGCAUGAGAAGUACGACGGCAGGCAGAGGGGCGCCGUGGGGAGUGGAGGCGAGUACAACCCACAGGUUGGAUUUGGAUGGACGAAUGGUGCUGUCCUGUCACUCUUGGAUCUUUUCGCCGGAGGUGCACAAGGAAGAGGAAGACGCAAGACGAGUUUGGGGCGAGAGGGCACGGGUCUGGCAGGAAGAGGAAGAGCGAUGGGCGAGGAGCAGCCAGCGGAAGGCGCGGUGGAGAGCGUGUUCGGGCAGGACGUGACUCACGGCUACGUCAGCAACGGCGACGUCAAGCUGCACUACGUGCACUGCGGCGCACCGCACGACCCGCUGCUGCUGUGCCUGCACGGCUUCCCGUCCUUCUGGUACACGUGGAAGCACCAGUUCCACUUCUUCGCCAGUCGCGGGUACCACGUGGUGGCGCCGGAUCUGCGCGGCUACAGCUGGUCGGGCAAGCCGCCGGACGUGGCGGCGUACAGCCGCGCGGCGCUGCUGUCGGACGUGGCGGCGUUGGCGGCGCACUUCGGCGUGCGGGAGGACGCGGACGGGCAGGCGCGCAGCAAGAUGGUGCUGGUGGGGCAUGACUGGGGCGGCAACGUGGCGUGGGAGUUCGCGCACGACCACCCCGCGCUGCUGCACGCGCUCGUCAUCUGCAACAUGCCGCACCCCUCCGCCUUCCAUGCCGCGCUGCGCUCCAAGCCAUCGCAGAUGCGCCGCAGCUGGUACAUCUUUCUGUUCCAGCUGGGCCACCUGGGCGAGUCCUUCAUGUCGCUCAACAACUUCUACAUGCUGCGCGGCGUUGUGCAGCGCGACCCCAAGGUGCCACAGUCUCAAGACGACGUGCAGCGGCACGUGGCAGCGUUCUCCAUCCCCGGUGCGCUCACGGCGGCCAUCAACCUGUACCGCGCUGCCUUCCACAAGCACUGGCUCCGCCCUGACACCUCCCACGCCACUGUGGAGGUGCCGGUGCUGAUGCUGUGGGGCGAUGACGACUGGGCAUUCAACCCGGACCUCUCGCAGCCGCCACCAUCCCUCGUGCCCAACUGCCAAGUCAUCCACUUCCCCCAGGCGUCGCACUGGGUGAUGUGGGACGAGCAGGAGCAGGUGAACGAGCGCAUGCACGAGUUCAUCACCGCUGCCAUGCAUGGCACCCCGGCCAGUCCCACAUCGCAGCACAGCAGGUCGCGCAUGUGA